AUGGAACACCAAAUCGUCCCACCUUCUUCACAUUCUCAGCAAGGGUCAGCCUCAGAGUCUUCCACAAUAGCCACCCGCCCAAUUCACUCUCGUUCUGCUUCCCAUCCCAUCAAGACUGCUUUCCUGACAGCAAAGAAAGCAAUCCAUUAUCAGCUUAGCAAUCCAAAUCUGGCUACCCCACAGUCAACCACAGCGGAUAAUCCAUCCAUUCUUCUCCCAGCCUUGGACCCACUCAACGCCGAUAGUAUGCAAAAGACUUCAGACCCACUAAGGUUCAAAUCAACGCUGUUUUCGUCGCCAUCCAAUCCCGAAAUCUCUGUUGGCCAUAUCUCCCGUCGACUUCUGGAGCCGAUUCGCCCUCUUCAGACCCCACAUCGCGAAACAGGGCAACUGGAGGCUAUCCCAACGUCUUUAGCUCGCAAUAUCCCUACGCGACCCACAAGAUCAAACGUGGCUCACAAUGAGUUAAUGGUUCGCGGACCUUUUCCGGUCAUCGUAUCUUCUGUGGCCCACCCGUCUAGUACCAAAAAAAGGAGUCAUCGAAGAAGAUGGACAACUCAGCGAUCUAAGGACGAUAACCCACUCAAUUCAAAUGACAGCGAACCUUUCAACUUAAGCCUCCUGAACCAACAAGCUUUAGUUUCUUCAGAAAAUGGUAGAAGUACUCUCGUCGCCGACCAACAUUCAGACGAUGCCUCAAACAAUAUUUCUCCUCAAUCUCCUCAGACCAGUGAUCACAGUGAUACGGACUGCAACCAAUUGACAGCUCCAUACCCCAUCGGUAACCUGGAUUACAAUGACCAAGAAUCUUUCGAUAUUGAGGACCUAACCACUCCAACAUUGAAAAGCUGUGAAAGAUUUGAGGAUGAUAACUCCAUUACGCCCUGUCAAACAUUCACUACACCCAGCUUUAAAAAGUUGCAGCAAGGAUUGAAAGUCACACCAAGGAUGAUAUACGAAGAUUAUCAAAAGAAGUUUAACGAAGAGGACUUGAUGAUCAAGUCCAGAGAUCUGAAAGUGUCACCUCGCCACGAAAACCCACACUUGACUAUUGGCAAGAACAAUUUCGAUAAUGAUUACGGCAAUGCUGCCCAUGUCAUUGUCAGUGAUGACUCUACGGCAAGCGCCGCUCCACACGGCACUUCUCUCGAUGAGACCUCGCUGCAAGACGCAGCGGACGAAUCUUUCGAAAGUUUCGGGGAUGACCAGUUUUUCGGACCUCUGUUUUCGAGCAAAUCACGCACCACGCGCAAACGCAAUUCGGAAUUGAUAGGUGUCUUUCCUCUGCCCCCUGCUACCCGCAAUCUUAGCUGCCUUCCCAGCAAUGUGCAACGCACUCCCUCUCCGAAGCAGAUGGCGGUCCCUGGCUCUUCGAAAGCCUCAACACCGAUGAUACCCAGGAUUGUGAUGGGUGGAAAUGAAAAAGAACCUGCGAGGUCUCGAACCUCAUCUCCAUUGGUACUGGGGAAACCGUUAAGAGCGAACGCGAGUACAAAUCAGUGCACCGGAAAGAAUACGCCUUUUCAGCUUCAACCCAGCCCAUAUCGUCAUGUAGAACACGAUAGUAUUUUCCACGACGGUCCAGAUCAUUUGGAAUCGUCGACUCGAAACAUGUUUGACAGCUUUCUUGAACGUAGUCCCAAGGGCAGUGGUUCGAAAGACUCGGUCCAGAUCUUCUCUUUCGAAAAAGUCGUACAGAAACCUCAAGUUUGA